GCCGCCCCUGGCUGUGGUCCCCCUCCAUGCACGCCAAAUACAUCAAUAAAUACAUAUAUACAACGUGCCGGGCCGCGGGUAACUUCGCGCACCAGGUGCGUGACGGCGUGUGCCUGCGUGAGAGCGCGAGACCCCAGAGCCAUGCCCUAAGCGGAGGCCCUCCGCCGGCCCCCGCUGACAGGAUUCCGCUGACCGCGACUCGUGAGGACCGCCACCACCGCUACAGCAUGCCGCCGAGGGCGACGGCGUGAGACGGCUGACCCAUCCGCGCUCUUCUCGCCCUGCAGAGAGGGGCUGAGUCCCCCCUCCCACCUGUAAGGAAGCCCCCAAGGGCAGCAGCUGUAGCUAUGCAGCCUGCGGCCUGGGGCCUGUACGCCCUGCUGUGCCUCUGUGCCUGCAAACCGGCGGACAGCCUGUCCAAAAAGGCAGUGUCACGGCAGCGCAGGGCAGCCGACGAGGACGGCAAGAAAUGCGCCUACACCUUCCUGAUUCCACAGCAGAAGAUCACAGGACCCAUCUGCGCCAGCGCCACGGGGCCCGAGCCGGACCGGGACCGCGUGACGCGUAUGGACAUCGCAGAUGUGCGCGAGGUGCUGUCCAAGCAGCGGCGUGAGAUCGAGACGCUGCAGCUGGUGGUGGACGUGGACGGCAACAUGGUCAGCGAGAUGAAGCUGCUGCGCAAGGAGAGCCGCAACAUGAACUCGCGCGUCACGCAGCUCUACAUGCAGCUGCUGCACGAGAUCAUCCGCAAGCGCGACAACGCGCUGGAGCUGGCGCAGCUGGAGAGCCGCGUGCUCAACGUCACGGCCGAAAUGCUGCGGCUGGCUGCGCGCUACAAGGAGCUGGAAGUGCGAUUCGCUGCACUCGCCGCCACAGUCAACAAUCAGUCGGUGCUGAUCGCAACGCUGGAGGAGCAGUGCCUGCGCACCUACGGCCGCCAUGACCCCCCCGUGGUGCCGCCGCUUGUGCAAGUGGUGCCGGAGAACAUCCCGCUCAACCACCACUUCACCAAUGAGAUCCAGAGGAACCACAACCGCGCCUUCCCCCGUGGCUCCCGGGUGGAUGCCCUGCCCACCAACAGCCCCCUGGGCUUCCCGCCGCCGCCCCCAGUGAACCUCAGCUCCGAGGCAGGGCCGUUCCGAGACUGCUACCAAGCACGGCAGGCGGGAAACGGCAUCAGCGGCAUGUACCUGCUGAAGAACGAUGGCAGCGACCGGCUAAUCCAGGCAUGGUGCGAGCAGGACCUGGACAACGGUGGCUGGACAGUCCUCCAGCGCAGAAGGGAUGGCUCGGUCAACUUCUUUAGGAACUGGGAGAACUAUAAGAAAGGGUUUGGGAACAUAGAUGGCGAGUACUGGCUGGGUCUGGAGAACAUCUACAACCUGGCUAAGCAGGGAGACUACCGUCUGCUGGUGGAGCUGGAGGACUGGGUGGGGAAGAAGGUCUAUGCGGAGUACAGCAGUUUCCACUUGGAGUCUGAGAGCGAGUCCUACAGGUUGCGGCUGGGUACCUAUCAGGGGAACGCUGGCGACUCGCUCGGCAUCCACAACGGCAAGCAGUUCACGACUCUGGACCGCGACAAAGACGUCUUCUCGGGGAACUGCGCGCACUUCCACAAGGGGGGCUGGUGGUACAAUGCCUGCGGUCAGACCAACCUGAAUGGAGUGUGGUACCUGGGGGGAGUCUACCGCAGCAAGUUCCAGGACGGCAUCUUCUGGGCCGACUACGGCGGAGGCUUCUACUCCAUGAAGGCUGUGCGCAUGAUGAUCCGCCCCAUCGACUGAGAAACGGCCCGGCUUGCUAUCCCCCAGGCCUCCGCCUCCUACCUCUCAGACAUGCCACCCACUGCAGGGCACUCCAGUUUAGGAGGAGCCACGUGCUAUAGGGCGCUGGAGAAUACGGAGACUGGAGGCACAAACACACCAGGAAAGCCUAACUUCUCAGAAGCUCCAUCUGUGCAAAAACCAAGAUGACCUAAGAGACCCUCAGCAUGGAAAGGGGGGAGGCUCUCAUGCCACAGGCAGACCUCAAUACGAUACACACACACACACACACACACACACAGUACUGUGCAAAAGUCUUAGGCACUCAAAAGAAAUGUUUAACGCUAUUUACCUGGGUAGUAAGAGCACAUUUUCCCAGAACAAAAAAAUGUAAUUUAACAUAAGAACAUAUGAAAAUUAAGAGUAACACAAUAAAAACCAGUAAAAAUGUCUUCUGUUCUCCAAAACGUUACUGAUAUCUACUUGGAUGGCUAGAUGAACACCACUUCAGUUCCCAAACUUCUCCUCAGUGGCACCCGAACCAUUCUAUGUAUUUAUUAAAUUUCACCACCAGCUCGCUUAAUUAAUUAACUUAAUUAGUUUAAAAAAAAAAACUGAACGAGAUAUUGAAUAGAUAUAUGAGGUGGGCUAGUGGUCAGGUCAAAAAAAAUGCACGGGUGCGUCGUAUGGUUGCUGGAAAUAAUUGGGUUAUUUUAGCAGAGGUUUUGAAAUGGCGAAGCUGACACACUUUACUAGGUGUAACAGCAUAGUUUUACCCCAACAUGACAGUUAUUUAAACAUAAUUUUUUUUGGCUGCCUGGCCUCUGCUGUAAAAGUGCGUCAGAGGCCAAUUCUGCUUCAGCGGUGUUCACUCUCUCUCCCUCUCACUCCCUCUCACUCCCUCUCACUCCCUCUCACUCCUCGGUCGACCCCUCGCCAACUUAUUUAUCUCCUUAUUUAUAACAGAUUCCGCCUCGUUUUAUUUAUCCCCGUGAAGUCGUACUUUCUGUAUGGGUCGAUUAGUCACAGAUGCCUUCAUCCGCCUCCCCAUGCACGUGUGUGUGUGGAUUUCGGGGGAGCAUGAAAAACCCAACACGCCCACCUGACAGGGGAUGGCGCCUCAUCCCAGCUCGGCCAUCGCCGCCAUGCAAAAUAAAACCUUACUGUUUUUUACAAAGGUGCUGUUUUCUGAUUAUUCACUCCGGCGCCUCUUGUCCUACAUCCCCUUAAAUCGGACGGCAGUUUGCCUGGUUACAUGAGAGAGGACGAUGCACAUACUGUACAGAUGUGUUGUGUGCGCUUCAGCUGAUUACAUCUCAACAUGGUAAAAGGCGCAUGGAGAGGAAAUGGAGCAGACAGCUCAUCACGUUAAAAAAAUGCAUAAAAAAAAAAAAAGAAAAAUCAGGCGGAUGAGGAAGGACAGAGCGGCACUGCCGUGUUCAACACUCAGACGAACUAGGAUGAAAGCUGUCAAAGAUAAAGGGAGGAAGAGGAACAGAAAGAGGAACUGACAUUCUUUCCAUCUGAAGAACUUGGAUUUCACUUUCACAGAAAAUGCAUUUGAAGAAGUCAUGAGAACCUGCAUAAUGUAUGUGGGGAGAGAGAGGAUGCAAUGUCUACAGCAAAGACAACACAGCAGAAGGAGGUCAAGACAGCUCUACAGAUCCAUUAUUACAACAUAGCAAGCUCAUAUAAAAAAUAAAGCAUUUAAAAAUGCAAUAAUUUGAAACAUGUUUAAAUGCCUGUAAAAGUGUACCUAAAGCUUAAUGUAAGAACAGCAUUAGUCUUGCCUGUAAGGUUUAGUAUUACAUAAAUACACGUGUAUGUUCACUACAGCCCUCAAACUUUUCACACUGUUUUUUGUGCAAUUCACUAUGUUUGUCAUGAGGCCUGAAUUGCAAAGGCUAUCCUACCAUGUUCAAUGCGAGUCCCGUAUAAGCAGAUAGUUGAAUUUUUUUUUUUUUUUUUUUGCAGACACGAGCGUAUCCAGCGUCCUAAAAAGUCCAUUUUUAGAGCUAGAGGUUUUAAAGUUAUUUAUAGAACGCACUAUUGCACUGGAGGGGCCUUUGAGGAAGCGUCGGUAAUGAAUAGGCCAUGAUAUGACAGUCGGCGAUUGCCAAUGUCUCACCUUUGGCUCUUGUCCUGCACACAGCACCAGCAAAUCAUACACACUGCUGUGUGUCUGUUUAGAUUUUACAUAGAAGCCCCUCAGAAUAAGGUAUAUUGACUCGUCUCAGCUGCCUUAAUGCAUUAAUGCAGAUCUGAUUCUCCGUCCUUCCAAGUUCCAUCAUCAUCAUCAUCAUCAUCGCCAUCAUCAUCAUCAUCCUUUACUGAUAUUAGCCAAUGCAGGUGUCAGGCAUUACUAAAACAGCUCUUUAGAUCUAGGCCAGGAGUGAGUUUAACUGAGACAUUUCAUGCAGAAGGUCAGGAGAUGCCAGACCACGUCCAGCAAACAGAGACCUCUAGGGACCAGCUGGGGGAAGAGCGUCCAACAAAGCAUGUGAUGCUGACACUUUGGUGACAUCCCCACAGCACAGCUGCCUCCAAUCCUCUAUGGCAACACACUGCAUCACCAGUGGUACAGUUCGCAUUGUCAUCGUUAUGGUGACGAGUCCGGCACCAGUUUCAGAACACACGCCAGUGCAGGAAUCCAGUGGGUUAUGAUGCUGUUCCUGUAAUCACACGGCCCCUCGGGGACAAAUAAAGUUAAUUUGAAUUUGAAUCGA